UAGACCAUCUAGGGAUUCCCAUUCAUACUUUUAACAAAAAUUUAUACUUAAAAAAAAACUCAAAAUUGGGACUCUAAUGAAUGGCCAAACGCAGGGAAUGUUGGAUUCCAUAAUCCCUUUCCCUUUAUCUAUUUCUUUUUUAAAACAAAAAUUUUAAUUCAAACACAGUUUUCAAUGAGAAAUGGAUGAUUGAGCCAACAAGGAAUUUCAUCUUUUUCUCUCAUUAUUCUCUCUCUCUCUCUAUGGCUCGAUAUUUCCAUUUCCCUUGAAGAAAUGAUUUUGCUCCUGAGCCAAGUGGGUUUCCAUGAUGAAAGCAUGAGCCCCCCCUCUUCUUUUGUUUUGUGAAUGACAUCUGUGUGAAAAACCCAUCAAGAAUUUGAGACCAACCCAUCACCCAACCCACCAUUAAAACUCUUAAACAAGCUCUGACUGCUGCCCUGAAACUAACAAGCCUUUCUCUAUCUGCAAGUCUACCAAUAUGAAGAGAGAAGGUCUCUUCUUUUGGGUGGUUUUCUUCUUUUCAUGGGCUUCUUCCACUGCUUUGCUCUCUCCCAAAGGUGUUAAUUUUGAAGUGCAAGCUUUGAUGGGUAUAAAACAAGCUCUUAAGGAUCCUUUGAGUGUUCUGGAGAACUGGGAUGGUGACUCUGUUGAUCCUUGUAGCUGGGCCAUGAUCACUUGCUCUCCUGAAAAUUUGGUUAUAGGACUGGGAACCCCUGGCCAAAGCCUAUCUGGUACUCUCUCUCCAAGCAUUGGCAACUUGACCAAUCUUCAGAUAGUUUUGUUGCAGAACAACAACAUAUCAGGAUCAAUUCCUCACGAAAUUGGAAGGCUAUCUAUGCUUAAAACCCUGGAUCUUUCGAAUAAUCUCUUUGAUGAUUCGAUCCCAAAUUCAAUAGGCAAUUUGAAGAGCCUUGAAUAUUUGAGGCUCAACAACAACAGUUUAUCGGGACCUUUCCCUUCGUCUCUGGCCAACAUUUCGGAGCUUGCUUUUCUGGACUUAUCUUACAAUAAUUUAAGUGGACCAGUGCCCAAAUUUCCAGCUAGAACAUUCAACAUUGUUGGAAAUCCUCUGAUAUGUGGAAAUGGAGCAGAGAAAGAUUGUUCGGGAUCAAUUUCUCUUCCUCUCUCUUUCUCAGUGAAUGCAACACAGAGUAAUCAACCCUCAGACAGACCCAAAAGCCACAGGGUGGCACUUGCAUUUGGCUUGAGUCUUGGUGGUAUCUGUCUCCUAAUCUUAGGAUUUGGGCUUCUCCUAUGGUGGAGACACAGGCAUAACCAGCAGAUCUUCUUCGACGUCAAUGACCAACAUGACGAAGAGGUCUGCCUUGGCAACCUGAAGAAAUUCCAAUUCAGAGAGCUCCAAGCUGCCACAAAUAAUUUCAGCUCCAAAAACAUUCUUGGAAAAGGUGGAUUUGGCAUUGUGUACAAAGGCUAUCUUCAAGAUGGCUCAGUGGUAGCUGUGAAAAGGCUUAAAGAUGGCAAUGCAAUUGGAGGAGAGAUUCAAUUUCAGACAGAGGUUGAGAUGAUAAGCUUAGCUGUUCACCGGAACCUCCUAAGGCUUCGUGGGUUUUGCAUGACCUCCAGUGAGAGGCUCCUGGUUUAUCCCUACAUGUCGAAUGGAAGUGUUGCAUCUCGACUCAGAGCAAAACCUGCAUUAGACUGGGGUACAAGAAAGAGAAUAGCCCUUGGAGCUGCAAGAGGACUACUCUACCUACAUGAACAGUGCGAUCCAAAGAUUAUCCACAGAGAUGUGAAGGCUGCGAACAUACUCCUUGACGACUACUGUGAAGCCGUGGUCGGUGACUUUGGACUUGCAAAGCUCUUAGACCAUAGAGAUUCUCAUGUGACCACAGCAGUUAGGGGAACAGUUGGUCACAUAGCCCCUGAGUACCUCUCCACAGGCCAGUCCUCUGAGAAAACAGAUGUCUUUGGCUUUGGAAUCCUUCUUCUUGAGUUAAUCACAGGGCAAAAAGCACUCGAAUUUGGAAAGGCAGCGAAUCAGAAAGGAGCCAUGCUUGAUUGGGUGAAGAAAAUCCACCAAGAGAAGAAGCUCGAUCUACUGGUCGACAAGGAUUUAAAAAUCAAUUAUGAUCGUAUAGAGCUUGAAGAGAUGGUCCAAGUGGCUCUUUUGUGUACCCAAUAUCUACCUGGCCAUAGACCCAAAAUGUCAGAGGUUGUGAGAAUGUUAGAAGGAGAUGGACUUGCUGAGAGAUGGGAGGCAUCUCAAAGAUCUGAUACCUCAAAAUUCAGAGGCUCCGAUCUCUCUUCAGAGCGCUACUCUGAUCUCACCGAUGACUCCUCUUUACUUGCUCAAGCAAUGGAGCUCUCCGGCCCAAGAUGAAUACUUUCAAAUGCAUUAGUUUUGAUUUCCUAGCUGAAAAGUGCAUCUAUAUUCAUAGUUCUUUGAAUUGUUGGAGUUUUGGUGUAAGUGUAUAGAGAGAGAGAGAGAGAGAGAGAGAGAGAGAGAGAGAGAGAGAGAGAGAGA